GUACCCGUCUAUGGCAAUGGCACUUCUUGGUAUCUUCAUUAUCACAGCCCUUGUGGCUUCUACGAUCUCGGCCGAAGACGUGGCAACUUUUCCUGAAGUUAUCCGAGAGAGAUCAGCGUCAAGGAUCGUAUCAGGAUGGGAGGCGAAGGAAGGCCAAUUCCCCUACCAGAUGUUGCUGCGUAUGGUAAAUAACAUAGGCACUGUGAACUCCUGUGGCGCUACUAUCAUUCACGCUGAAUGGGGGCUUACCGCCGCUCAUUGCACUGCUGGGAGACACACGUUCCUUCUUCGCGCUGGAGGGAUAAAUGUGACCCGCCCCGAGAUUAUGUUCGAGACAAGGGAGUUCUACAACCACCCUCUCUACAAUAACAAUUUACCCGGCGUUGUACAGCCUAACGAUGUCGGUCUACUCAAGUUUGGAAGAGUCCUUACUUUCAGUGACCGUGUUCAACCCGUUCGUCUUCAGGCAUCGAGGGACAUGAACCGCAACUACGACGGCGUCAGACUGUUGGCUACGGGAUGGGGACGUGUAUGGACUGAUGCGGGAACCCCGGAAAUCAUGAAUUGGGUGUACCUGAGAGGAACAACGAACGAGUUCUGCAGACAGCAAUACGGGGGGAGCUCCAUCAUUGCGGAUUCUACCAUCUGCGGUCGCUACUACAAUGUCACCAGUCAGUCAGUCUGCCACGGCGACAGCGGUGGUGGACUAACCGUUGUUGAUGAUGAUGGAGAGAUUUCCCAAGUCGGUAUCUCAUCAUUCGUGAGCAGCCAAGGAUGCCACGUCAUUAUCCCUGCUGGUUUUGCUCGACCUGGACACUACCACUCUUGGUACACAGAGGUAACAGGCAUCAACUUUGACUGGGAACUUGAGGACGGAAGUGGUUCCGAAGAAAAUGGAAUUGGUUCCGAUGAGGUUGAUAGUGCACAGGAUGAGGAUGAAAACAGUGCACUCGAAGAUAAGAGCAGUAGCGAAGAAGAAGAAAACUUUUUUAAGCUCCUUGUCCACGGCUUGUGGUAAAAUUCUUCAUGAACAUUAGAAAUUAAAAAAAUAU